UCUUCCUGUUUAACAUGUGUCUUGUUUGAGAGCAGAAACAUGGCUGCGCCCUCAAAUGAAGUGCAGGUAGUUCCUGCCAAAAAGCCUACAGUGCGAGGCCCACGACGGGUAGCCAAUCAAAUUCCUGAUGAAAUCCUCCAAGAUGCUGAGCUACAAGAAGCAAUGAAAGCCCUACCUUCGAACUACAACUUUGAGAUCCCUAAGACAAUUUGGCGAGUGAGACAGGCAAAAGCUGAGAGAGUCGCUUUGCAGCUUCCAGAGGGCCUGCAGAUGUUUGCAUGUACCAUUGCUGACAUAAUUGAAAGGUUCACAGAGGCUGAUACCAUCGUGAUGGGGGAUGUGACUUACGGGGCCUGUUGCGUGGAUGACUUCACCGCCCGAGCCCUUGGAGCCGAUUUCAUGGUUCACUAUGGCCACAGUUGUCUAAUCCCCAUAGAUUCCACGGCAGGUAUUAAGAUGCUGUAUGUGUUUGUGGAUAUCCAGAUGGACAAUGCACACUUCCUGGAUACAGUCAGGUUCAACUUCCCUGGUGGACAAUCUCUGGCACUCGUCAGCACGAUUCAGUUUGUGGCAGCACUGCAGGCCGUGAGUGCAGCCUUGAAGCCAGAGUACGAUGUCCUUGUCCCGCAGUGUCGUCCUCUGUCACCAGGAGAAAUUUUGGGCUGUACCUCCCCACGCUUGGAUCGCCACGUAGAUGCCAUAAUUUACCUUGGAGAUGGAAGAUUUCAUUUAGAGUCGAUCAUGAUCGCAAACCCAAGUAUCCCUGCCUACAGAUACGACCCCUACAGUAAGGUGUUCUCCAGGGAGUACUACGACCAUGAGGCCAUGCGUGAUUUAAGGUUGCAGGCUAUUGACAGAGCCCGACUGGCCAGCAGAUGGGGUCUGAUCUUGGGCACACUAGGGCGCCAGGGCAGCCCGAAGGUCCUGGAGCAUCUGGAAUCAAGACUCCUGUCUCUGGGCAAAUCCUUCACUCGUGUGUUACUCUCUGAGAUUUUCCCCAGCAAGCUGGAUCUGAUGCCAGAUGUAGAUGCGUGGAUCCAGAUCGCCUGCCCACGCCUUUCCAUCGACUGGGGCACAGCCUUCUCCAAACCGUUACUGUCUCCAUAUGAGGCAGCUGUUGCCCUACAGGAGGUCGGCUGGAAGGAAGUGUACCCCAUGGACUUCUAUUCCAAUCAGAGCUUGGGGCCGUGGGCACCUAACCAUCCUGACAACCAGCCUGUGCGGCCCACUCGUAGACAAACCCAGAAACCAGGCACGAAGCCAGCUGUUCUCACCAAGCAGUGCGAGCAGAGCCACUGCGCCCCCUGCAGCUGUCAAGGAGAAUGAGCCAUCGUGACCGGCGCCGUCUCCGACUCAUCCCCGAGCCUUGCUGGGGCUGGACUAGAGGAGGAGUGGAUAUUUGUCCCGACCAUCUAUCACCGAGCAGGGCUAAGGCCAGAGGAGUUUCAGCCUCAUCAAAAGGAUUACCGGCCAGAUCGAAUCCCUGAUCUGACAGGGCUGCAGAUCAGGCCAAACUCACUGCUCCUAUACGCACAUUUUUAUUGCAUGUAUUCUUAACUCCAAACACAUGACCUGAAAGAGUAGUUUAUGUGUUCAGGCUCAUGGAUGCGAAUCAGAUGCCACUGUAGGAAGUUUUAUUCUCUGCUCUGGAGUUAUUCCCCUGUACAGGGUUAUAUAUGUGCCUUUCUGCAAUGCAAACGCUGCUUUUGUGAUCGUCAGGGGAGGUGUAGCAGGUGACCUUGAACAUGCUUUAUGGAAUAGAGUGUCUGCUAAUGUGGGUAUCAGUAGUCGAAAGAAGAUCACCUGUCUUUUGAUGAAGUCACAUAAUAAUGUUUGAUGUUUUAAAUGAGCUUCCCUUUAUAAUGUCUCCAAGAUGUGAGACAUACUGUGUGAAUGGUAGUGAUGGUAAAGAUCCAACACUGAUUCCUUCCUUCUUUUUUUUUUCUUGUCAAAUAUUGAUUUGGUCAAAGAAAUUUGGAACCCCCUCCUUGUUUAAAACCUGAGGGUCACACUGAAGCGCUGAGCCUGUUAGUUCCUGGUUGUGAGCUGUGAGUUCCUAGAUGCGUACAGAGGUAGUCACGACAGCUCUCCAUCCUCAUUACUUAUUGAGGGAGUUGGAGUCUGUCAAUAAAUAAACACUGUUGGUGUUUCUGCUGCAGCGAUGAGUGAUUGACAGCAGCCCACCAUGACCUCGGCAGGUCCAAAGACCUUGUGAAACUUUCCCAGGUGACGGAAGACAAUGGUUUUUAUUUGCCUACAACUACCAGCCGUCUCCUUGGUAACAGAGUCCAGUGUAUCCUGCCAGAUAUGGGUGUUAAUCACGAAACAUCCCUCUAGUGUUGCUUAUUGUAAAGAGCUACAUACGCUGUCUGAUCCACAGUGAGCAGGAGUAAAUUAUUGACCAGCAUUCUCUCACACCUGAUGUUUUAUUGAUUUAUUUGCCAUAUUCUCUGGGGGAGGGAGAAUAAGAGGUGAGCAGAUUUGUAAAUCCCUGUUCUAUCUUAUUUAAAAUCUGCAGCUUUUACUUUCAUUCUAAAUGUCAGUAGAUACAAUUUUCAAUUCGAACAUCAGUAACUUUGUUAUGUGUACAGAUCUUCUCCAUCAAAUGUAACUUUCAUUUGCUCCCAAGAAAAAGUGGAAAGAUAAAGUCAGAUACAUUUUAAAGUCUCCAUUAAAUAAAUAUACGCUUACAAAACACAUCUGGUCUGGAUACUUAGAGCAGCGUUGUAAAAUGUUUUCACCAUCAAAAACAUGCUUUUUGUGCUUUUAUUAAAAUAUUGUUACAUAUGUAAAAUUGUAAGUUGUAUUCAGUUUUAUAAUGUAAAAACUAACUAAAUCAUAUAAAAAAUC